UUGCCGGUGUGUGUGUGUGUGUGUGUAUGUAAAGUUAUUUAGGUAUUGCUGAUAAGCUUUCUUUUCUUGGCGAAAGGGCAAUAGUUUUCUUUGGGCAGCAGUUGCAAUUGUGAUUCUUCGCAUUCCGGUCAUCUUGAUCUUGAGCGUACACGUACACGCGUAAAGUAAAGUUGUGAUGCCUUUGGGGCUAAAGCAUGGUUGAUCUUUACGUAAAGAUAAAAGUGAACUCGUAAUAAAUAUCCCAACGUCUAACGGUCAGUGUUGUGUGGGUCUGAUUCCGGAUAUUAUCCCAAUCUCAUCCCGAACAUCGAUGUCGAUCAUCUUCGGAACGGAAAUGAAGGCAAUUUAUUUGCUGUCGUUUGGUUUGAUUUAUUUCUGCAAACCCAUUGCCAGCCUCGAAGAACUAAACACAACGCUAGCUCCGGUGGAAAAUUACAAAACCAAUCCGUACUGUUUCCGGUUUACGUGGAUGGGCCCGAAGUAUAACAAGGACACACCGUACAAAAACCUAAGCUGCGAAAACAUCCUGAAGAAGGCUAAAGGCAUCCCGUGUUUUCAUCCACUGGUUAUAACGAACAACACUAACGUCCCGGACACUAACUACAUGUGGGAAGAGUAUAAGGACAAACCAUCCCAAAUUGCCUGCCGGCUUGUACGUGGUGAGGUGUGCGCACGGUACUCUUACCGCUACAAUGGUGCAAUUGAAAACAUAACCUACAUGUGCGCUAAACUCAACGUGGACAACGAAUCUUCUACCUCGUCCAGCUGCUUUAAGGAGGACCGGCUUGGUCGGGAGAUUGAGGUGUGCCUGUGCGAAUCGGCCGCUGGACGUACGCCGUGCAAUCGAUCGGCGAAAAUACUGGCGGAUAGUCUUCCUGUUGCACCGAUGAUGCUGGCAGUGGCCAUGAUUCAGCUGUUGCUAAUAAAGUGUUUACAGUUACGGUAGUUUUUCGCUGGAUUUCUUAUCCUUUUUCCCCUCCCCCGUCGUUGAGUUAUAGGAAGGUAAUGGCGGCCAUAUUGUAGUUAUCAAGUUAAUGUGUUUUUGAGAUUCUCGUACAGUGUGAAGCAGUGGCAGUGAUAGUGUAUCAGUGAUAACGAUAGUGUGGCCUUUACAGUGAAAGAAAGAGAUGUGAAUGACAACAGGUGUGAGACAGGUGUUAUGAGUGCAAUCAGAUUUAGCCAUUAAAGCCUUUUGUUUUAUUCUUCUUUGUACACUAAUUUACGUUAAUUCUGAAGAAAGGACAAGUGUGUAAUCUAAUGUGGAAACAUGAAAGAUGAAUCUGUUUAAUUCACUAUUUUUUAAUGAAAUGUGUAUAACUGUUA